AGGGGCAGCAGCGGGAGCGGCGCGGGGCGGAGCGGCGCGAGCAGCCAGGAGCGGCCCGGCCCGGCCCGGCGCGGCGGCGGCGGCGGCAGCAGCGACGCCAGAGCCUGUGGGCGCCGUUCGCGAGGCCGCCGCAGGCGCCUGGCCGCAGCGCGGGGAGCCUCGGGCGCCGGAGCCCGCCGCCGCCGCCAUGCCGCUGCUCUUCCUCGAGCGCUUCCCGUGGCCCAGCCUCCGCACCUACACGGGCCUCAGCGGCCUGGCCUUGCUCGGCACCAUCGUCAGCGCCUACCGUGCCCUCAGCCAGCCCGAGGCCGGGUCGGGCGAGCCGGAGCCGCUAACGGCCCCGCUGCAGCCCGAGGCGCUCGCGCCGGCGCGCCCGGCCGCCGGCGGCCCCCGGGCCCGCGACGUGGCCCAGUACUUGCUGUCGGACAGCCUGUUCGUGUGGGUUCUGGUGAAUACUGCUUGCUGUGUUUUGAUGUUGGUGGCUAAGCUUAUCCAGUGUAUUGUGUUUGGUCCUCUUCGAGUGAGUGAGAGACAGCAUCUCAAAGACAAGUUUUGGAAUUUUAUUUUCUACAAGUUCAUUUUCAUUUUUGGUGUGCUGAAUGUCCAGACUGUGGAGGAGGUGGUGAUGUGGUGCCUCUGGUUUGCUGGACUUGUUUUCCUGCAUUUGAUGGUUCAGCUCUGCAAAGACCGAUUUGAAUACCUUUCCUUUUCUCCCACCACACCAAUGAGCAGCCAUGGGAGAGUCCUGUCUCUGCUGAUUGCCAUGCUGCUCUCCUGCUGUGGAUUGGCGGUUGUCUGCUGUGUCACAGGCUACACCCAUGGCAUGCAUACCCUGGCUUUCAUGGCCGCAGAGUCUCUUCUUGUGACAGUGAGGACAGCUCAUGUGAUUUUAAGAUAUAUAAUUCACCUCUGGGACCUCAACCAUGAAGGAACUUGGGAAGGAAAGGGAACCUACGUGUAUUACACAGAUUUUGUCAUGGAGCUCACUCUCUUGUCCCUGGACCUCAUGCACCACAUUCACAUGCUGUUAUUUGGCAACAUCUGGUUUUCUAUGGCCAGCCUAGUCAUCUUUAUGCAGCUUCGUUACCUGUUCCAUGAGGUUCAGCGUCGAAUCCGCAGGCACAAGAACUACUUGCGUGUGGUAGGAAACAUGGAAGCCAGGUUUGCAGUUGCAACUCCUGAGGAGCUAGCUGUAAAUAAUGAUGACUGUGCAAUCUGCUGGGACUCGAUGCAGGCUGCAAGGAAAUUGCCCUGUGGACAUCUUUUUCACAACUCCUGCCUUCGUUCUUGGCUAGAACAAGACACCUCUUGUCCAACGUGCAGAAUGUCUCUUAAUAUUGCUGAUGGCAGUCGUGCCAGGGAAGACCAGCAAGGAGAGAACUUGGAUGAGAACUUGGUCCCUGUAGCAGCUGCAGAAGGCAGGCCUCGCCUAAACCAGCACAAUCACUUCUUUCACUUUGAUGGGUCCCGGAUUGCAAGCUGGCUGCCGAGUUUUUCAGUUGAGGUGAUGCACACUACCAACAUUCUUGGCAUCACACAGGCAAGCAACUCACAGCUAAAUGCCAUGGCUCAUCAGAUUCAAGAGAUGUUCCCCCAAGUCCCAUACCACCUUGUACUCCAGGACCUCCAGAUGACACGCUCCGUGGAAAUAACAACAGACAACAUCUUAGAAGGACGGAUUCAAGUACCUUUUCCCACACAGCGGUCAGAUAGCCUGAGACCUGCACUGAACAGCCCAGUGGAAAGGCCCAGUGCUGAUCAGGAAGAGGGAGAAGCCUCCGUGCAGACGGAGCGUGUACCCCUGGACCUCAGUCCUCGACUAGAGGAGACCUUGGACUUCAGUGAGGUAGAAGUGGAGCCCAGUGAGGUGGAAGACUUUGAGGCCCGGGGGAGCCGCUUCUCCAAGUCUGCUGACGAGAGACAGCGCAUGUUAGUCCAGCGCAAGGAUGACCUCCUGCAGCAGGCUCGGAAGCGGUUCUUGAACAAAAGUUCUGAAGAUGACACAGCCUCAGAGAGACUCCUCCCUUCUGAAGGCACAUCCUCUGACCCCGUGACUCUGCGCCGGAGGAUGCUGGCAGCGGCUGCUGAGCGGAGACUUCAGAGGCAGCAGACAACCUAGUGCUUCCUCAGCUUCCUGCCCAGCCCUACCUACCAGAAGAGGCCUGUCCCAGUUUUGCCUGCUGUGUGGAGACCUGUGACUGCAUUGCUGCUGCAUAAAGCAUGUGGUCUUAAUAGUGUGUGGACAGCUGACAAAUUUAAUCCUUUGUAAUACUUUCUAUGUGACAUUUCUCUUCUCCUUAGAAACACUGCACAUUUUAACUCUAGGCACGGCCUCUUCCGGUGUUGACUGGACUUCUUGGGAGUGGGGGGGCAAGCAAGAGGAAGUGGCCACUUGGUCACUCACCUGCCUGCAGUGGGUAGUUUGAAUUUAUUUUGAUAUAAGCCACAACAUGUGUCUUUAGUGCCAUAGCUGGAAGGAAGCAGAGAUCCUGGGGACAGUGUUCCAGCAGCCAGGAGGUGCACAGCAGGAGCCUGACUCUACAUCAUGGCAGGGUAUCCUGUUGUGCAUGCUUAGGGAAGAAGCAUCCAGUGUUCCAGAAGCCAGGCCCACGGGCUUCUGGGCCUCUGGAGGCAUCAUGUAUAAAGAACUGAUUUGGUAGCUGGAGUAGAAAGAGAAAGCUCAGGGCUGCAGAAUGAGGAGACCCUUCUCUGCCCUCAAUAUUCAGAACCGAUCUGAGCCCCAAUCCAUGGCUGGCUUCAUUUCCUUCACUAUGGUGCUCCUGCAUCACAUAAGCUUGCUCCCAUGGCUGCUGCCUUUCUCUUACCACUCCCUGCUUUAGCAUGGAGAGGGGUUGAGUAGCAAGCAUUGGUUAUGGUUUUGGUUCCUUGGUCAACCCAGUUAGGCUAUGCUAAACAUAUGGGUUUGAUACUUGGAAAAGUGGGCCCUGCAAAGCAGGGAUGUUUCGGAGGACAUUGCUGAAGAAAAGCCUUUUGAAUCUUUCUCCCCUGAGCCCUUCAUUUCCCUGCUUUCGUUCCUGUGGGUCUCAUUAAACAGAAAGGGAAGAUGUUGAAUAAUCCACAUGCUCAGGCAGACUUGGUCCCAGAUUUUCUCAAAUUUUCCAUGUAUUUAAGGAUUUGAAACAAGCAAUCAUAGGUUAAUAGUUUAUGUCCCAUUGGAUUAAGUUUUUUUUUUUUAAUGUUUCAAAAGUUUUAUUGUAGUCCAUUUGGGAAGAAUCCAGUAUUAUCUAAAAUGAUUGGCAAAGUUAAAUGUAUUUUACAUACCUGAAAGUUUUUAGAACGUUGACAAGUAAUUGAAGAAAGGGUAAUAGGUGAAUAGGCAAAGAUAAUUUAUUUCAAUAAAUCUUUCAAAAGCCUUACCUUCAACUGCUGUUAGCUAAAUUCCUGUGGGGUUUUUUUUGUUUCUGUGUUUUUUUUUUUUUGUUGCUGUUGUUUUUUUUGCUGAGAGCACAGCGACUUGUUUUUAUUGUAAAGCAACAAUAAUAAAAAGCAAUCUCUUGUAGUGUGCUGUGUGUUGCUGGAAGCUGAGGCAGCACUCUUCUAAGGGGCCUUUGGAAUCCCCUUUUGUAUCUGCAGUUUGGGCUGGGGUGUUUUAUAAUCCUUUUAAAUAGGGUUGGGGGAGGCACUUUGUUUCUCCUAGGGUUUGAUUUGGAGGAGGCAGCACUGAGCUUGUCUGCCUGGUAUUCAUGAUACCUUUCCGUGCUGCGUAUGAAAAUAAAGGUGAAGCUAAUUCCACAUAUUCUAACAGUGAAGGUGGAAACUUCUUGCAGUUAGUUUCAGAGGGUCUAGAAACAUAGAAUAAUGUAGAAUAAUGAGCAGAUAUAAGCGGAAGUGCCUGAACGUGGCUUAAGUUGGUUCAGGGAGAAAAAAAAAUCCCAAGUUCAUGCUUGGAUUUGCUCCCUCUGUAGGUAGCUUGGGUCAAAGGGAAGCUGGUAGAGAAAUAUCUGGAGAGUGAAGGCUUCCGGCUUUCAUUACUUGAGGACAAUGGGCAGGGGCUAAGUAAGGGUCCUGUGCAUCCAUUGCUCCCAUUGUCCUCUGGCAGCCAGGUCACUGGGCCUUCCCGCUCCGCUCUAGAGCAGCAGAGUUGUCCUAAUUGGUCAUACUUAAUUUUUGUUUUCUUGGGUCUUUAAUUUUUUUUCCCUUUAAAAUGUGAGGCUUUGCUGUAGCAGAGAGAAUGUGUGCAUUAGCACUGGUGUUGGUGUGACUCUUGGGUGCUCAGGGAGCAGUGCAGAGAAUGUUCUUCAGUUUGCAGCCAGCAGCCUUGACCCUUUGUCUUUUGGAGAAUGGAUCUGAGAGCUCUUUGGGAGCCAGGUGCACACAAAUGGGAGGCUGGUUAGGAGUUGUGUCCAUCUUCUGUGGAAGGAACUGUCCUACAUGAAGAUUCAUCUCCCUGUUCUGCUUUUUGUUAGGUUUUGAAGUGGUUCUAACCCUGGCUGUAUUUGUUUUUAAGUAAUGUGUAGGUUCUGCCCUGUGCUCAUACUAACCCAUUUCACUCCCUAGCCUUUCUAAAAACUGCUUCCAGACCUUUCUCUUAAUAAGACAGUGCUGGGAUGUAACCUAUUUAGUUGGAGACUUGCCUAGCAUGCAUGGUGUCCUGGAUUUCUUGACCAGCACCAGGAGAAACAGAAAAAUAUUAAAAUAAAACAUUGGCUUUUAUCUGUCUGAAAAAUCUACUUGCAGGUUGGAAAGUUGGGAAAGAACUCCCUAGCAUGUAAAUAACUCAUUUUGAGAGAAAUUCAGCCCUGUUAGUAACAGGUCAUGUUCUCCUUUGGUCUUCUGUUGGCAUCUUGGUCUAUUCUAUGAUACAGCAGUCAAGGUGUAGACUGGGUGUAGGUUGUGUGACUGUAGACAACCUGGGGUAAAGGGAGGGGUAGGGAAAGCACUGGAAAGGGAGUAUGGCUUGGCAGAUGGGCCUUCAGGGCAUGCCUGCAUGUAUAACAGCAGGGACAGGACUGUUAGCUUUGGUAAGCAGUGUUGUCCCUGCUCCUCAACACACUGCUGGAUUCAAAUUACCAAAGGCAUGUGCCAUGUGUCAGGGAGAGGCUUUCUCGAGCUGAGGAUUUCCACAUGGGGUGCUGUUUGAAAAGGAUGUCACAAAUAGACCUAAGAGUUUCCCAUGCGCUGCAGACACAGAACCAUUAACUGCUUGCCUAAUGGCUGGUAUGUAGUGUGAAGCAUUUGGUAGGCCCAAUCUCUAGCCAUUUGCUAGUACUGAUGCAAAACCAUGUAGUUCCGAGUGAGCCCAACAGCUGGAGAGCUCAGAUUCUGAGAGCCAGGCUGUGCUGUGCUUCCCAUGUGUUCUGUCUGCUCAACUCCCUGUACCCAGCUGCCUGGGACAAGCAAAGCUGAAGGAAACCUUGAGCGUCUGGGCUGAGCUUGCCCUUGGUCUCAAAGUGUACUGGUGUGCAGAAGGAGGGACAGUGGCCUUCUUGGAAGCACCUGUUUUUCUAUUGGAGGGAAAACCCUGGGGACAGAAGACAGUAGGUGAUAUGGCUUGUUUGCCCUCUGAUUUCCCUGCCCAGUCUCAGGCCACCAGGAACACAAAAUCAGCUGAGCUGGAGAAGUUACAGCUGACAAGGUGUGUGUGUGUGAGAGAGAGAGGCUGAAGGAGAGGGAAAGGAGGGAAGGAGAGAGAAAAGACAGAGACACUAGGUGGUUUGAACCGGCUCCCCUUGGUGACAAAAUGCUGAGGGACCUGGGAAAUCCUGGAGAGAGAUUCCUUACCCACCAACCCCCCCAGGGUGUGUGGCCGAGUGUCUCCUUUCCUGUUGAGCCAAGCCCAUCCCAGGGAACCGUCAUCUAGAAGGCAGAAGGUGAGACUUGGGUACAGACAAACAUUCUCUUUAUUGAGCUACACAUGAAUCCAUUAGAGAAGGAGGCUGGCAGUGUCAGGUGUCACAGAGACCUCACCGUUGGGAAUAGAAAGGCUUACAAAGACCUGUGGGCUUUUUAAUAUUUUUUUUCCUUUUUUUUUUUUUCAAGUUUUCUGUAUUUUUAAAUUUUCGUGUUUUGUCUUUUUGCCUCCUUUAUUGAAAUGGCUGUGACUGGUCUUCAGCAAAUACAGUCGUAAAAGUGAAACCGUGAACAGGUCUGGGGUUAGAUACUAGUCAAGUAGAAAUGACAUAGGACUGAUCAUGAAAACUGUGGCUUUAAUGUAAACACUACAUUCCAUCUUUUUAAAAUUUUUUUUGUUUUUCUUCCAUCUUGUGAUAUUUAAAAACUUUAUUUUUUGUUCUUUUUAUCUGCAGCACAAACAUCCCAACAUGAGAGAGAGAGAACACAGGUCACUGGAACAGAGGAGAGGUGGAGAGGGGAACACAUGAGGGAGGGAGGGCUUCUGCCCAAGGCUGUGAUGUUAAAGGAGAAACAAAAACAAACCACACAACCCCAUUCCCCAGACACCCCUAGAGCUGGUCAGGUUUGCGAUGGGAAGUACUCAUUAGGACAAGAAAACCCAAAAAGUAACAGCAACACAAAGGGAGUCUAGGGAGGGGCGGCGUGACUUGCUUCUGCAGGGCUGGUUUUCUAUAGAUGAUGGGUGUUCUCUGUGGCAGCUACCCGCCAGAGCUGUGCUUUUUCUAUGAGAACUUGGAGUGCGUGUGUUUGGGGUUGCGUGGCUGGGCAGGGCAGAGCUGCCACUGCCUGGUGGUUUAUGAGGCGUCUAGGCAGCCAACAGGCAUUUGGGGGUUGGAGGGAGCGUGUUCAGUGGCUGCUGGCCUUCUAGGAAGCCUGGCCUGGUGUGUUCCCCCUAGCCAUGGGCGGCACAGAAGCCCUGGGAGGCAGCUGGCCCAGCACUGCUGCUGUGUGCCAGCCCCAAUUCAGUCUGGGAUGGGGAGGGUAUGGAGAAUGAUGUGUAUGGUUGUGGUUUUUUUUCUUUUUUAUUUCAAAAUAAAAGGAAAUGUGGAUGAA